GACGCAGUAUUCGUAUCAAAGGUCUGGAAUGUCUCGUUUCUAUUCUUAAAUGUAUGGUAGAAUGGAGCAGGGAUCUUUACUUUAAACCUGAUUCUCAGGUGGACGAUAAUUUUGAAUUUGAGAGUCUUAAACAGAAGAAGGAGACGAAAGAAAAGGGAAUGCAAUUAUUUAACAAGAAUCCAUCAAAAGGUAUAAAAUUCCUUCAAUCUGAAGGUCUCCUUGGUGAGACAGCAACGGAAGUCGCUCAGUUCUUACACACUGAUGAUACACUAGACAAGACUAUGAUUGGUGAGCUGAUUGGUGAUCCAGGACAAUAUGAACGGGAGAUAAUGUACGCCUAUAUAGAUCAGUUGGAUUUCACUGGUACCAAUCUUGUGCAAGCUCUGCGAUUGUUCUUACAUAACUUCCGGCUUCCCGGUGAAGCGCAAAAGAUCGAUCGACUCAUGGAGAAGUUUGCGAGUAGGUUCUGUGAAACGAACCCAAAUGACGAUGUGUUUGCUAGUGCAGACGCUGCCUACGUUUUGGCUUAUUCUAUCAUCAUGUUGACUACUGAUCUACAUAGUUCACAGGUUAAACGGAAGAUAACGAAAGAGCAGUACAUUCAAAUGAAUGGUGGUAUAAAUGACAGUAAAGAUCUUCCAUCUGAAUAUCUUGAAGCAAUUUAUGAUGAUAUUGCACAGAAUGAAAUCAAGAUGAAACAUACACCAAAAUUGAACAGUAGAUACGAUGCUACAUAUUUACAAAGUGAGAAACAUCGUCGUAUGUUGUAUUCUAUGGAAAUGGAGCAGAUGGCGGAAAAUGCCAAAACACAAAUGGAAGAGGUUGCAUGGAGUCCGUUUCUUGCCGCGUAGAGCGUCAAUCUACAAGACAACGACGAUCCUUCUGUUGCUUCAUUUUGUCUUGAUGGAAUCCGCUGUGCAAUACGAAUAUCUUGCAUAUUCAGCAUGCCUUUGGAAAGAGAUGCUUUCGUACAAGCGCUAUCCAGGUUCACUUUACUUACUGCGACCAGUGGCACGCAUAUUCAUGAAAUGAAAACGAAGAACAUAGAGACGAUCAAGACACUUCUUACCAUCGCUCAAACGGAUGAUACUGAAAUGCAUUUCCCAACUUGAAUUGGCUCAACUUAUCGGUACUGGUGUGAAAACGCGAUACCUUCACACGGCGUCCAGCGGUGUUACUAAUUCACCCACAGCAUUCACCGCAAACAACAAGACAUCUUAUGAUGUAACCUCAGGUCGGAUGCCUUUUGCAGCUGACUCGAAAAAAGCGGCUGGCUAACAGGAAGCCAUUGGGGAGACCGCUGCACAAAGUGUUGUCGUUGCAGUUGACAGAGUUUUCACGGGAUCAGUGAAACUGGAUGGUGAUGCUAUCGUCGAUUUCGUGGGAGGUUUACGUCAAGUCUCGAAAGUUGAGCUUUACAAUCCUACAAUGAUACGUAUGUUUAGUCUGCAGAAGAUCAUAGAUAUUGCUUAUUACAAUAUGGGUCGUAUUCGGCUGCAAUGGUCACGAAUAUGGGCUGUGUUGGGAGAUCAUUUUAACAAGUGUGGUUGUAACCCUAAUGAAGAAGUUGCGUUCUUCUGUGUCGACUCUUUGCGACAAUUAUUCAUUUAAUUCUUGGAAAAAGGCGAAUUGCCAAAUUUCCGAUUACAAAAGGAUUUUCUCCGACCCUUUGAAUACAUAGUGAAGAAAAAUAGACUUUGCAGCUUCUUUUCCAAAUUGAAACUUUACGAAGAAUUUUACAAAGGA